CCCUUUGAUUCUGUAAUUUUUCAAUAAAAAUCCAUUUUUGUCUAUAAAAACCUUAUUUUUGUUGUACGUAAAUCUUAAUUUGACUUCUCUAGACCUUUUUUAUACACGAACUCUCAAAUGGGGUUCUCGAUUAUUAAAAAGAAAAAAGAAAAAAAAAGUUGUCCGUAAUGUUGUAAAUUGGGUUUGAUAAAAAUGGGAUCAAAAUGGGAAUCUGACCCUUUAUUCUCAGCAGCCGAAGUGGUUCAAGACUCUGCUGACAGGAUGGAAUCGCUUUUUCGUCUUCUUUUGCAUGACCAGAGCCUUCUUCAAGGUGAUCAUCCUGAUCACAGGCUGCUUACGUCCAUACAAUAUCAUAAACGUGAUCUUGCAACUAUACUUGAAACUGCAAAAUGGCAGUUGGAAGAUUUUGAAAGAGCCGUCAACUCUUUAGCUAUGCAAGACAAGUCUCGAACCAGAGAAGAUGGAACUUUCAGACAUAGGCAGUUCAUUAGGGCCAUUAGAGAACAAAUAAAUCACGUUGAGAAAAGUGUGGAUGGCCCAUCAAAGGGAGGUUCCAUGAUAAAUGUUGAAUGGGUUGAUUUAAAUGAACAAGACAGAGACGGGUUAGCUCUAUUUCUUAUAGGAGGAAAUGCCACUGAACAUUCCAAUCAUCAGGAGGUGGAAGAAACAAGCAUAUUGAGAAGAUUUCUCGAUCCAACUUCAGCUUCUAGUUUAACAGAUAACGAAAUCAUUGAGCAUGAGAGCGGGGAAUUUGAGAAGUAUAAACUGAGCAGAGAUGUGCAAAUGAACCAUUGCCCUUUAAAGGAUGAAAAUUCUAUAAUGCUGGCUUCUGAUUACAGUACUAGAUUAGGCUCAGAUCUGCAAGGUGUCUCCUGUAACAGGGCUGGUGAUGGCAAUCAUUGGGAUCUAGAAGCUCACGUAGCCACACCUAAAAAUGUAUUCCAUGAAACUAAAUCAAAAGGGUUCUACAGUAGAAUAAACUUCGGAUUCUUGAGCAAUCUAUGGACUAUGUGUGGAAGCAAGGUCACGAAGAGUUAUAUAAAGAGAUUGAAAGAUGGAGAAGAACAAAGGCAUUCCCCGACAUACAUUGAUGUUCCCUUUAUUGCACAGGGUCAACAUAUGGGACCGAGAUUAGGAUGUAGAGGUAGAAGCUUAGCAGGAUUAUGCUCUGCAUUUCGAGCAAAUUUAAUGGUCCUGGGGAGCAGCUUAGAAGCGCAAUAUCAAAGAUUUCCCCGUGUCAUUCAAGUUAAUCAACAUACAGUCCAACUAAUAUUCACAAUAAUCUUCGCACUAGUAGUUUUUGGAAUAGUGGUGUCCAAAAUUACUUGAUUGCAGUCGGUCCCUUCAAAUCUUUUGAAUAUCCAUAGAGAAGAAAGUGCAGAAAACCGCAUCCCAUAACCCCGGCCCUUGAAGAUCGGUUGGUUGGCAGCAAUACCUGUAUCUACUUAGCAGAAAAUCUUUUAGCUAAUGACAGAUAUUGAGGAUUCCAUGGUUUUGUAUUGACCGGUUGUUUUUAUCUAAUAUUGCAAAUACUUAAAGAGUGUAACCUACAACUAAUUCUAGGAAAUAUUUAUUUGAUUGCUGCAA